CUUGAUAAGUACGAGUAAGCCAUCCCAGCAGUCAUAUCGGAUCAAGAAGCGCACAACGUAAAUCAUGAUGACGAGGAAAAUAUUCUUACUUGCUGCAGUACUGAGCUUGCAGACCUGUUCUUUUUUUGCCGCAAAGGUAUCAGAUACAGACUGCACAGAUGGUGAUGGAGUAGACCAAUGUUCAGGUUUUGAAAAUGCGAAGUGUGAUGAUACAGAUGAAUCAAUGAAGUGCAAAUGUUCAAGCGGUUACAAAGAGGUUGUGGUCAAUACGGAUAGUAUCUGCGAAAAGGAUACGUUGUCAAGUGUUGACUGUACAAAGGACACUGAUGGUCAAUGCACUCACACAGAAAAUGCUGAAUGUAAUGAGGCGGAAAGCAACGCUAAAUGUCGAUGUGCGAACGGUUACAAAAUAGACCCUACUGAUGACACUUCUUGUAUAAAAAACACGUUGUCAAAUGUUGACUGUACAAAGGACACUGAUGGUCAAUGCACUCACACAGAAAAUGCUGAAUGUAAUGAAGCGGAAAGCAACGCUAAAUGUCGAUGUGUGAACGGUUACAAAAUGGAUCCUACUGAUGACACUUCUUGUAUUAAAGACACGUUGUCAAGUGUUGAUUGUACAAAGGAAACUGCAGAUCAAUGCACUCACACAGAAAAUGCUGAAUGUGAUGGGGCAGAAAGCAACGCUAAAUGUCGAUGUGUGAACGGUUACAGAGAAGACCCUGAUGAUGACACUUCUUGCAUUAAAACGCUUGAGAGUAGUUGUUCUGGAAUUAACGAUUGUCCAGGUGUUGUGAAUUCGAUAUGCGACGGCUCAAAGUGCAUUUGUAAAACUGACCAUGAGGAAAAGGAAAAUGACUGUAUUCUCACUGUGAGCGGUAAACCAUGUUCUGCUGCUACUGGUGGUUGUGAAGAUAUUGGCAACUCUAUUUGUGAUGUAGAUGCUGGAAAAUGCACGUGUAGUCCUGGCUUUACAAUGAAAAUUGACGAAUGUAUUGGCAACAAUGCCAACGCUUUCAAAACAGGAUGGGUGGCAUUUCUGCUGUUCUUCGUCUUGAAACUUUUUUAUUAACAGAGAAACAGUUUUGUUACUAGUUAAAGAUUUUUAGAUACACUUCCAAUAUUUCUGGUCGUAUUUCCUAUGAUAAGCAGAGAGCGUUUACAUAUUAAUAUUUAAAACGUCCGACUUAUUUUUCAAACAAUUAGACUAAUAAUAUCUGUUGCGGUUCGGAUUGGAAUAUCCGUCCCGAGGUGACCCGCCUAUUGGGCGGUAACUCGGCAAGCCUCGUUAUUACCGAGGGACGGAUAUUCUGAUCCGAACCGCAAACAUAUGUCAGAUAUUUUUUCUUGCAUAUUCUACCAUAUUGCAUUAUAUUUUUAUUUCUUUUUUUUAAUUUUAAUGGAAAUUCAUAUCAUUACAACCGUAACUACUUUCUAACAACAGCGUAUGAAAUUACAACUUCCGGUAAAAUGACAUCAUCCUGAUAUGCAAGAAUACACUUUUAUGAGAUAUCUAGACUUUCGGAACACAACUUGUGUUAGAAGUGCACACAUAAACGGUCGGUCUUAUAAUGUUGAAUCAGGGCCGAGAUUAAGUCAACUAUCGGUAUCUUGACAAUUACUAAUUUUUGCUUAUUAAAUUAAUUUAAUCUUUAAUUCUCGAUAUGUUAGAAAAACAAAAAAAGCCAUUUUAUGUAUAAGUAAAUGCAUUGCAUGUUUUGUAUUGGUUUAAAGUAUACAAUUGUAAUCACUUUAUUGUCAUCAGAAAUUUAAGUUCAUAUUUCCAACCCUUAUAUGACUCGAAUAUAACUAUUCUGCUACAAAUAUGUCUUCAUUUUUUCAUUGCUUUGCAUAAUCUGUAUUAAAAAUCAUUUCAAAUGUUUGAUCAUAAAAUGAGUAAAUAUAAUGUUAUCAUAUGAAUUUGGUUUCAGUUAAUUGUAAAAAAGUACUUUCGACUGGAACUGGCCAAUGUUGGUAUUGAGUGUUAUCUAGAUGUGGAUUAUUUCUUAUAGUUAUUGUAAAGCUUUUGAACAUAAAUAUUUUGAAAUAAUAUUGCCAUGUCAAUAUUUCGUUAAGUUAUAAACCGUUGUAUGAACUUCUUAUUCGAUAUGUAAAUAACCUAUUUGCAUUACAAUUGUACUAGUGUGAUUAACUGAUUUAGCUGCGUAAUGAUCAUAUAAAUAUUAUUAUUUCACAUAUGAUAACACUCCCAACAAAAGCCAUGUGAUUAUGUGAACAUGUUUUACUCAUAAAAGGAUCUGCAAGACAUGUUUAAAGUAUGUUCGGAAAUUUUAUCUUUAUUGAUUGGAAUAUGGGAUUUUUAACGUAAAUAUAGGUAUUAUAGUGUCCAAAACUAUCAACAGAAUAAUCAUUGAACAAAUUGUUACUAUAAAACGACGAAUGACGUCUGCUUAAUAAACAUU